ACAGAGCACCAAAACGAAGUAGUAAGGACACAGCAGAACACGACCCUUAAACCCUACUCGCCCCUCCUCUUUAAAGGGCGGAAGAAAAUUUCUCCAUCACUUGUCCUUUCUUAAACCCUAGCCGCUUCCCUCAGUCUUGUCUCUGAGUCUCUCCAUUCUUCCUCUCCAAUUUUAGAGGUGAUACUUGUUGUUAAGAAUCAAAAUGGCCCUUAGUGCUAAGCUUGGAAGCCUCUUGAGGCAGAACGCUCAACUUUCAAUGACAUCAGUGGUUAACUCUAUUCGUUGCAUGUCCACAUCAAGCACAAAGCUUUUCAUUGGAGGACUUUCAUAUGGAACUGAUGAUCAGUCUCUCAGGGAUGCUUUCUCUAAUUUUGGAGAUGUAAUUGAUGCAAGGGUUAUCAGUGAUAGAGACACUGGGAGGUCCAGGGGAUUUGGUUUUGUUAGCUUUGCUAACGCAGAUGCAGCUAGCUCUGCAUUGUCCAUGGAUGGUCAGGAACUCAAUGGGAGGAACAUCCGAGUAAGUUUUGCAAAUGAAAGACCUAGCGCUCCUCGUUUUGGUGGUGGCAGUGGUAGUUAUGGAGGAGGCUAUGGAGGGAAUUCUGGUGGUUAUUAGGUGCUUGUUUCAAGUCCAGUCUUGUAGUUUGUUUACUUUCUAAGAUUGAGGUUUAAUGUUAUCUUUGGAUGAAUGUCCCGAAGUUGUGGAACUAUUUCUUGGGUUGGAUUCAAAUUUCUGCUCGUAAAUGCAUUUUUAAGAUAUAUAUUGGCAAGGUAAGCUUUGGCUAGAGUACUGAGUUCAUAAUCGAAUUAUCAUUUGAUGAAGUAUGGUUAAAAUAUUUUGAAUGCUGUUUGUUGCAGGGAUUGGCUUGGUUUGGUCAGUCUGCAAUAACGUCAUGCCAGGGUAUUAACUGAAAUCAUGAAUGUCACUUUUAUUUUUGGCUUUUCUAGUUUCUGCAGUGGUUAUGCUGUGCUUAUAUGCUUGACUUUGUUGAUGCACCCCCCUUGUGUACGAUUGAAGAAUAGCAUGCUGAUGCACUCCCCUCGGAUGAAUGGGUUUGCUGCUUUUUUAGGGAUUUGCAAAUGUGAUGUAAAUUGGGUCCCUGAGGCUUGGGCUGGCUGUCAAGAGUUGGCCCAAAGUUUUCCCAUGUCCAAAUCAUGUUCAGUUCCCACUUCCGUUGGAGUUGACAAUCAAAUUCUGGCUUAAGUUUUCCCUAGAGCUGGCGUUGUAUUUCUUUGAUUUUGAGGAGGCAAGGAGUUCGAAUGUAGUUAAGAUGUCAAGAAUAGUAGUUGUGGCUCCCUUCCCUAGUCUUUUUACAGACUAAGAAAGCAGGCCUAAACCCUUUAGCAGAACGUUAUGUAGACCCUAACAUGAAAGUGUUGCGGGUGCUAGGGCUCAAAACAAAGCCAUCAUCGAUUUCGAAAGCCAAUCGACUACCAGUCCAUGAAAAGUGCUUGGGACUUGCAAGUUGCAAUCUUCACAGCCAAGUGAACAUCUUUUGACCCAAUGGUUUUUAGACGAGGGAGGUGCGGUGGACAAUUCUAAGUUGGAAGUCUCGUGUUAAAACAUUGAAACAACAUUAAAUGAAGUUCUUCGCA